AUGGCCGAGGAUCCAGUGUGGGAAAGUUCGACGGUAGAUACAAUUAAUCCGAAUGUUUUUCGUCAACCUUUUAAUGAACCUGACGGAUUAUUCACUGAGAUUAAUGCUCGUUGUAUGAGUUCCAAGAAUAAAAAUCUCACUUCACACGAUGACGUGAAAGAUAAUGCCGAAUUUAUUUACCAAAAAUUGUCUCGUAUGGAAAUGCCUCCGGGAAGAACCUUGGAUAAGGAUGGAAUUUUUGAACAAUUUAGAUUGGGACCUACUCCGUCAGCAACUGAUUACGUUUUGAGUCGGAUUUUCUGCUGCCUUACAAGAUUCCACACCAUUCAAAUGGGGAUUUUAUCUGGCGCUUCUCUCGCAGAUUUGGGAAAUUCCGCAAAUUGUGCAAGCAUACCAAUUGAUUGA